AUGAAGAGAAAGGCCGAGGACGAGAGCGGCCGCAGGUCCUGCGGCAGCAAGACCAGCAGCAGCAGCAAGAAGCCAAAGACGGCCCUGUCCGUCGACGAGGCCAAGAAGCGCUUCCGCCCGCGCCUCUUCGACACGCCCGUCCUCGACUCGUACACGCACGCCUACGCCGCCUCGACGCCCUACAAGCACGCCGUCAUCCACCGCCUCGUCGACGACGCCCUGCUGCGCUCCGUCCGCCACGAGAUCCGCCGCAAUGUCCACUUCACCCCCAAGGAGACGGACAUCUACAAGAUCCACCAGUCGGGCGACCUGGCAAACCUCGACGGCCUCGACGACGCCUCCCUCGCCAAGCUCCCCUCGCUGCUCGCCCUGCGCGACGCAAUCUACUCGGAGCCCUUUCGCCACUACGUCUCGGCCAUCACCGGCUGCGGGCCCCUGAGCGGCCGCAAGACCGACAUGGCCAUCAACGUCUACACCCCGGGCUGCUACCUCCUGUGCCACGACGACGUCAUCGGCUCCCGCCGCGUCAGCUACAUCCUCUACCUGACGGACCCGGACAAGCCCUGGAAGCCCGAGUGGGGCGGCGCCCUCCGCCUCUUCCCCGUCCAGAGCCUCGAGGGCCGCCACGGCGACGUGGCCAAGGCGCCCCUCCCGGACGUCGUCAAGGCCAUCCCCCCGGCCUGGAACCAGCUCAGCUUCUUCGCCGUCCAGCCCGGCGAGAGCUUCCACGACGUCGAGGAGGUCUACCACCCCGACACCAAGGCCCGUCUCGACAAGGACGGCGGCCGCGUCCGCAUGGCCAUCAGUGGCUGGUUCCACAUCCCCCAGGCCGGUGAGCACGGCUACGUCGAGGGCGAGCAGGAGAAGAACGCCCGGAAUAGCAGCUUGAUGCAGCUCCGGGGCGACCCGGCCCAGUACGACAUGCCCCGGCCCCGGCCCGCCCUCGUCGACGGCCCCAAGGCGAGCCAGGACGAAUUCGACGAGGCCGACCUCGAGUUUCUGCUCAAGUACAUUGCGCCCGUCUACCUGACCCCCGACACCCUGGAGCAGAUUGUCGACCAUUUCGAGGAAAACUCAAGCAUCACCCUCGCUAACCUCCUGUCCAAGAAGUUUGCGCGGCGGCUCAAGGACCACGUCGCGGCGCAGGAGAAGCACCCACUGCCCGGGGACAGCGCCGCCAUCGAGAAGGAGACGCCCUGGCGCGUCGCCAAGCCGCCGCACAAGCACCGCUACCUCUACCAGCAGCCCAGCGGGCCCGACCAGCUCCGCACCGCGCAGGAAGAGUCCCCCGUCACGGAGCUGCUCGACAUCCUCCUGCCUAGCCGCCAGUUCCGCCACUGGCUGCAGCUGGCCACGGGCUGCACCGUCGAGAGCUCCGACGUCAUGGCCCGGCGCUUCCGCCGCGGCCACGACUACACCCUCGCCACGGGCCACGAGGGCAAGCCCCGCCUCGAGCUCAACCUCGGCAUCACCCCGACCCCGGGCUGGGGCGACGACGACGUCGACGACAAGGAGGAAGCUGCCUCGGAAGCGAAGCCAAAGGGCAACAGCACAAAGGCCAAGGGCAAGGGCAAGGACAAAGCUGUAGCCGAGCAAGCGGAAAAGGAAAAGGAUGACGUCGGCGACGACAACGACGACGACGUCGGCGGCCACGAGGUAUACAUGGCGGGCGACGACGACGCCAACGAGGACGCCGCCGUCUACAAGUCAAGCGGCGGCGGCGACGACAACAUCCUCUUCUUCCAGGCCGCCGCGUGGAACAAGCUGACCAUUGUGCUGCGCGACAGCGGCACCCUCAAGUUUGUCAAGUACGUCAGCAGAAGGGCCAAGGGGGACCGGUGGGACGUUUCGGGCAUCUUCGAGGUCGAGGAGCAGGGCGACGGCGACGGAAAUGCCGGGGUGCCCCUGGGCGAGUCGGAGGAAGAGGAGUUUAACGGAUUCUCGGAUUCGGUUGAUAGCGACUCUGAUUGA